AUGGCUAAUGUAUUGUCGUAUGGUUGUUUCGGUAAAGCUGAAUUUUUAUUUGAAGUGUUAACGGAUCAUUUUGAAGACGAUAGUUUUAUGUUUAUCUUGUCUCACGAGCAAGAGAAAUUUAGAAUAUACAUUUAUUCGGAUUAUACGUAUAUGGUUGAUUUCGUUUCGAGGAAUUUUUUUGAAGAAAUUCCGUGGAUGAGUGGCGAGUACCGAAGAUUGAGGAUAGAUGAAAUUGAGACUUUUGUGGAGACAUUUAUGCAUUUUUGUCAAUUUACUGUGAAAAAAGAAUACAUUUACUUUCGGGAAAGAAAAAUUGAUCAUUACAUGUUGCAUAAAUUUAAGGCAUAUUUUGUUGAUUGGAAUAUUUGGUAUGCGUUUUUCUCUCUGCCGUAUCGCAUGAUCAAGAAGGACGGCGAUGGCAACCUUUUUGAACACGUUCAAAUUGCUCACCGUGACACCGAAUGA